GAUUUUUUGAGGUUAUCCCUAACCUGUUGUAAACAUACUGUUAAUUUUAUGUUAAUGAAUUAUUUUAAAAUCAUGGUUAAUUAACUAAAUGUAAGCUUAAAUUAAUUUUUAAAACUUUCAAAGAUGGAUUUCGCUAGAAAACAACUCGAGAAAUACGGCUGGACUGAUGGUAAAGGUUUAGGUAAAAAUGAAAAUGGUAUAUCCCAAGCGUUGAAGCCGAAGCUAAAGCGAAGCGUCACAGGCGUCGGUCACGAUGCCGCGUCGGAUUUCACGGAGCACUGGUGGACAACGCUGUACAACAAGGCAGCUGGUAAUGUCGAGGUUGAAGAGAAAAAUGGCAAAACAAAAAAGAUUAAAACGAACACAGAUGAUUUCCAAAUAUCAAACAGUACAUGGAAGCUCACAAAAACAAAAAAGAAAUCAACAGAAGAAGAGCAAUAUGCGGACUAUUUUGUUAAAAAAGCAACGUUGACGAACGGGGGAGUGAAAAUGGAGAAAGUUGCGGAUUCAGAGGAGAGCGAAGCAGAGAAGAAGGAUGUCUUUAAGAUGACUGAUGAAGAGCUUUUUGCGGCCUGCGGGGGACGGACGGCACAUAAAGGCGCAAGACACGGACUGCGGGCUUUAGGCAAAUUAUCAAGAAUAGAGCAACAAGAACAGAAUUUACUUGAGCAAGAAAAAUAUGAAGGCUACUCCCAUCAUGAGAAGAAAAAGAAAAAUAAAAAACCUGCCAGUGAACUGAAAGUUGAAGAUUUAAAUUUAAACAGUGAUACAGAAAUUCCUAAAUCUAAGAAAAAGAAGAAGAAAAAACAUUGCUCGAACAGCGAGAGUUUAACUGAAAUUGGCAAUGGCAAUAUUGAAGUGGCUGAAUGCAUAGAAUCUGAGCCCAAGAAAAAUAAAAAUAAACGCAAAUUGACAGAUGAAAAUGUUGCCAGUGAAGUCGUAGAGGAAAAUGGUAGAAAAAAUAAGAAAUUAAAAAACAAUGAGAAUAAUGUUUCUGAUCCCGAUGUUGGAUGUCUAUUCAAAUCGAAAAAGAAAAAGCGUAGCAAAAAUGUAGAAUCUGUGCCACAGAAUGAAGCGGAAUCGAAUACGAAUUUCUUAAAAACGGAUGGAAAGUACGAGUUCCUUGACAACGGGGUAGUGCGGAAAACGAAGAAAAAUAAAAAAGUCAAAUGAAAUUCUUUACUUUUAAUCAUAUGAAUGAUUUUUUUACUGUAUAGGUAAAUAUUUUUUUAAGGUAAUAAUUAUUUUAGUUAAUACAUUAUUUUAUAGUGUAA